GCUCCGGUACGGCUGUGUGUGUGUGUUUCUUUGAGUGACAGUCGUCAGCUUUCACACAAGGAAGUGGAGGAUAUGUCGCUCAGCUGAAGGCAGACGCUGGCACACAGACGAGAUUUCUGACUCCAUCCAGUUCCAGUGCUCCCGGUCUCAGACAUGAACCUGCUCCCUGACGGAUUCCCAGCAGCUUCCUCUGAAAUGGAGAUUCAACAAGGCAGCGCCAUGGUACCAGCAUGUAUCCCAUCAGCUCCCUCAGUGUGAACUCACAUCAGCUGCCCAUCACUGUGACUUUCAGCACGUCUGUCCAAAUAUGGCCCCUGUUCCUCCAGGGAUCCGCCUGUUUGUCUCCUUCGACAGGGACCAGUGGUACAAAGCUCUCACCUUUAUCCUCACCUUCCUGCUCUACACCAGUUUCCACCUCUCGAGGAAACCCAUUAGCAUCGUCAAGAGUGAGCUCCAUAAGAACUGCUCCUCUGUCAUUGAGCUCGCCACCAUGACCUCCAGCAGCAGCAGCAGCAGCAGUGACAGCCAGCAGGCCUCUCCACCGUCUCUCCACACAGACAUGGACUGUAGCUGGAAGCCUUUUGAUAAAAGUAACUACAAACAGCUGCUGGGAGCCAUGGACUACUCCUUUCUCUGUGCCUAUGCUGUGGGAAUGUACCUCAGUGGCAUCAUUGGGGAGCGUCUUCCCAUUCGACUGUACCUGACUGUGGGCAUGCUGACCAGCGGCUUGUUCACCUGCCUGUUUGGACUGGGUUACGUUUACAACAUCCACAGCCUGGGCUUCUACAUAUUUGUCCAGGUGGCUAAUGGCCUGGUCCAAACCACCGGCUGGCCCAGCGUGGUGACCUGCAUCAGCAACUGGUUUGGAAAGGGAAGGCGUGGACUCAUCAUGGGGCUGUGGAACUCCCACACCUCAGUGGGAAACAUCCUGGGCUCUCUGAUCGCAGGAUACUGGGUCUCCUCCAACUGGGGCCUGUCGUUCAUCGUGCCGGGGCUCCUCAUCGCAGCCAUGGGCAUUGUGUGCUUCUUUUUCCUCAUUGAGCAUCCAAAUGACCUGAAAAGCAUCUAUGCUCAGAAUUCUUCCCCAGGCAAGAGUGUUCCCACCAAGAGUUGGAAUGGAGUAAAUGGAAACACUGAGGUGUAUCUGCAAUACAAGGACAACAAAACCCAGGUGUACUACUACUGUUACGAGGAUAGUGUUCAGAACAGGAAGAGCUAUGACACAGAGCUGCUGCUGCCCAGAGACAGUGUGCGAGUCCCUGUGCAGCCCGUCGUGGUGGUGAAGAACGACUCAGAGCCGUCUGCCAUCAGCUUCAUGGGAGCUCUCCGGAUACCAGGAGUGAUCGAGUUCUCUCUGUGUCUGCUGUUUGCUAAGCUGGUCAGUUACACCUUUCUCUUCUGGCUGCCGCUGUACAUCACUAAAGCAGCUCACCUGGAUGCCAAGAAGGCUGGAGAUCUGUCCACCCUGUUUGAUGUGGGAGGAAUUGUGGGGGGGAUCCUGUCAGGAGUGAUCUCUGAUAAGCUGGGGAAGAGAGCCACCACCUGUGCAGUCAUGUUGCUGUUGGCUGCUCCUACACUGUAUGGUUUCUCCAUGAUCAGUGAGUUCGGUCUGGGGCCGACCAUCGGCAUGCUCCUGGUGUGUGGAGGUCUCGUCAAUGGGCCAUAUGCCCUCAUCACAACUGCAGUGUCCGCUGAUUUGGGGACCCACAAGAGCCUGAAAGGCAACGCUAGAGCACUGUCCACUGUCACUGCCAUCAUUGAUGGUACAGGGUCUGUAGGUGCAGCACUGGGCCCCCUGCUGGCUGGUCUGUUGUCUGCAGGCGGCUGGGAUCAGGUCUUCUACAUGCUCAUGACUGCGGACUUCCUUGCUCUGUUGCUUUUGCUACGACUUGUGACAAAGGAGCUUACAUCAAGUAAAUCCCGUCCCAUCUCCACUGUAGAGUUGAAGGAGCAUUGAGCACUUUGUUGCAUCACACACACACACACACAUACACACACACAUACACACACACAGUGAAACCACUUGUCUAAGCCUGAAAUGGAUUGUAGCUCUGUCACUGGAUUGUCCUGAACACAUACACACAUAUUAAUAAACCAACAUGUGUGUAUGUCUACACACACUGCUGUGCCAGCUACAGUGGUUAGCUGUAAACAAGAGUGGACCUUCAUCCUCGAUAAAGACCUGAACCUGAAGUUCUGUCUGGUGGACCAAAUGGAACCGCAGCAGAUCUUAAUCUGGAAGACUCAUCAUCACAGACUGUACCUGAUUACAGAAGUGGAUUCUUACUCAACUUAUUGGUCUAUUUCUCAGAUCUUCCUCUGCCUGUUUCCUGUUCCUGUUUGGUUGCCAGUUUGAACACACUACCUGCCCAGUCUACCUGUAUGACUGGCAGAUAUAUAAAACUAGCCUUACUUUGACAUUUGUGCUGGGAUUUUAGAUGACUAGAUAUUUAUGUAGGUAGCAGUAUAUAAAACAGUAACUUCCAUCACUGUUCUGAAGGAUCCUCUUGUAGUUAUGGUCUGACUGUUCUGACUCCUCCUGUUUAUGUCACUACAAGCUCCACAGUCCCUGAUCUAACCAUGACCUUUAUAUCCCUGCCACUCAACUUUAUAUCUGAUCCAAACAUUUUAAUGUUAUACCUGAAUCCAGCCCUCCACUGGCUCCAUGUUGUGCUCAGUGAGAGUGAAAGCUGAGAGGUUUGACAUGGUCAGUCAAUAUUUUUUAGUUUGGAAAAAUGCCUUUAUUUACCCAGAAUCCAUUGCAGAUUUGUCCUACUGAAGAUGGUGAAGAAGCAGAAGAAGCUUUGAGCGGAAUUUAGUUUAUGCUGCUGACAACACUGAACAAUUCAACAGCAACAUCUGUCCUGAAGCAGAGUCCCUGUUAUUCUAGAUAAACCUCACAGGACAGAUGUUUUCAUAGAGACAACUUGUUCUGGAACAACAGUCACUGUCUGUUGCAGCACAAACACGUUUCUGUUGUCAUUCUAUUGUAAUAAAGUGACAAAUAACAAAUGAGAUGGUUCAAAAGAAAAAAAACUCUGCGGACAGAUGAGGUGGAGGACCAACUUUAAGUCCUGUGUGAUGAUGUGUAUGUGAAAGGGACUCAUACCGAGACCACUGCAACCCUCCUUGACUAAGACCACUAUAACCCUUCUCUACCGAGACUACUAGAGCCCUUCUGGACUGACACCACUAGGACCCUCCUGGACUGUGUGGAAGUUCCUGUUUCCGUGUCACCUUUGCCUUACUGAACCAAAGAGACUGUGGGAUCAUGUUGUAAUUUAAAAAACAGACUUUAACUUAUUUUGUCAGUCUAUGGUGGUUUCUGAAUUUAAUUCACCGAAGUUGUAUUUUUAUACCAAACCUCCAGAUGCUGAUGUUUCCCUGUUAGGGGUGUGGGGGGGUUUCUGAGAUAUUAUGAAUGUAAAGUUGUCAGAUGAGACAACUGACUCUUUAAACCUUGUGGAUAUCUUCUGCAGUGCAAUGUUCAGUGUCAACGAGGACCAUCAGUGAAUUUAAUGAGCAUAAAAAGCCUCUUAAUCAAACUGAGACACCAACAGCUCAUUUUAAUUUUUUCUUGCUUUCAGAUGUAUUAAUAUUUAUAAUUAAAUUCAGUUAAUUUAUUCGUUGAUGUUAUAUAAAGUCACAUGUUGUGUAUAUUUCUGAUCAGUGGUCGGCCUCCUUCUGAAAACAUUCUGUGUCUUGUCUGUUGUUUGUCUUGAUUUUGUAAAACUGAAACAUAUCUGAAGGUUUUAAUUUCUGUGAUUCAUCUUGAUUUGGGAUUGGUUCACUCCCAAUGCAUUCUGGGAAAAAAAUAAACCAUUUGUGUUCUUCA